CGUCUUUUCAGUAAGUUCGACGCAUUUUCAGAAUUAACAGCUUCCUGCCUAAGACUCAAAAAAAUCAUCAUCGAAAUUUUGAACAUCGCAGCGUGUGUCUUACUCAUAUAUUGAAUACAAAAACUAAAACAAUUUUUAUAAAGUGACUAAAAAUAUUCAAAAAUGACAGAAUCCUGUAUCACAGAAGGCUAUUUGGAAGCCCCAUGUUCCUUAAGUCAGAGGGUUGCCCUUUUCAACAAAAUAUCAAACUCACACCAAGAAAAACAAGCUGUAAAUCCAUUUUCACAAGAUAAAUCGGUUAAUCAAUUACAGAAACGAAGAUUUUCCAAAGAAGAAUAUGGAAGGUAAACAAUUACAAUGUGUAAU